CAUUUGGGCCAUGCUUACGCGGACCGGAACAAAGAACGUUUUGCUUGCAACCCGGCCCACUAAUACUCGCCUCUUCUCUGUCAAACACGUCUGGAAAGAUUUUUGCUUUCCUUCAGAAAUCAACGAAAUGGCCAUAUCCGAUCUUUUCAUAUCAUCAUCCUUCGCAACCCAACCGUUCUGGCCCAGACCCACCGUUAUUUCUCGCCGGCAACACCACCCGUACAUAUCACUGAUCAGGAAACCGGCCGGAGUUCCGGCGCGGACCCAAUCCAAGGGCAGCGACACGGCGGAUGGUCCCGACCGUUUGAUCUCCGCCAUCACUUACUUCUACCCUUUCUUCGACGGCGUCCAGUACGGGAGGCACGUGGUGGCCCAGUUCCCGGCGGUUCAAGCUCUGAUUCAGCCUCUGGUUCCGGCGAUCCGGGUGUUCAAGAGCACCCCGAUAAACGGGAUUCUUGUGUUCUUCACCCUCUACUUCGUCGUCGUCCGUAACCGGAACUUCAGCAGGUAUGUGAGGUUCAACACGAUGCAGGCUAUUGUGCUCGAUGUGCUCUUGAUUGUCCCGGAUCUUUUGGAUCGGAGCUUUGACCCGGGAGACGGGUUCGGGUCGGGUCUGAUGAUGAGCUUCGACAGCACUGUUUUCUUCUUCCUCUUGGUCUGCUUGAUCUACGGGUCGUCUUCUUGCUUGAUGGGCCAACUUCCCAGAUUGCCCCUUGUUGCAGAUGCUGCUGAUAGGCAAGUGCUGUGAGCUUUUUGGUAAUUUUCCUUGACUCUACUCAUGAGCUUCUUCUUCCAUGGUUACACACUUGGAUCAAUUGAACUGUUCUUCCGACUUGAAUUUAUUGAACAGAAUUGAACUUUAACUAAAAAGGAAUUUAAUUGAGUUGGAAGUUAGUUACUCCAUUUAAUUUUGCUCAAAAGUGUUGAACUGAUUCGGAGGAUAAACACUGCAAAGUAGCAUUGACAAAAGAUAAACAAAGAAACACAUUAAUAACAACUAGAUAGUCUAACGAAUCGUGUAAAGACUUUCAAAUUAAAGUUAUUUCGCGAUACACCAAAAUAUUUUAAUUGGAUAAGACGUUAAUGAAGUACAAGCACUUCAAAUUCGUUACUUAACCAUACCAGCGAGAGACUUUUUUUAUAGAGUCGAAAAUAGGAGAUCAAAUAUGAACAUCCGCGCGUAGAGAUAGACACGAAAAUUCUAGGAGUGUUCGCGCGAAUGGUUUUCUGCGGUUUUAGGGUCAAAUUUGACGUUUUAUCCAUAUGUCUGAAUCUGUAAGGUUAUGGACUCUGUUGACGAAAAUCUAAAGGAUUUCCAGUCACCGGACCUCCGGUCAGGGCCUUUGCUCCUUGGACCCCACUGGGGGCUGCCGCACCUUGGACCUCGCUACCGGGGCAGGGGGCAGAUGCCCCCGGACCCUGCUAUGAAUUUGUAAUAUCAUUGAACAGCUGCGCACUCCGCACCUCCUAACUUGUUUGACAACAUCUUUUCAGGUUCUUGUCUGAUCCAAGUAAUCCCAAUCACAGACACUAAAAUCACCUGUUCACUAAAUGGAUUAUGUCCUCUAACUGGUUUUUUGUUUCAUUGUUUAAAUAGUUACACUAUGUUUGGUUUGAGGAAUAUGAAAACAAAGGAAAAUGUGUAGGAAAGGAAAAGAGGUUUGGCGAGAAGAAAUGGUUGAUAAGAGGGAGAAGUUGAGUGAGAGGGAUUGAAUGGAGAGAAGCGAGUGAGACAAAUUGAGCGACGGAUUAGUUGCAUAGACUAAAGUUUCUUUUUCUUACAAACCAAACAAAAAAAAUUGUUUUUCAAAUCAUUUUCUUUCAUUUUCCCUAGCAAAUCCCUUGAACCAAACAUAUAGUCUUAGAGUAUGUUCUUUUGAUAACCAAUUUAUUGAACUAAACUGAAUCUGAGUUCAACUGACCUUAGUGAUAAAUAAACUCAAGAGUGUUGAACCAGACUAUCUCUAAUUUAAUUGAACUGAAAAUUAGUUGAAAAACAGAUUCCUACUGUGUUUGAAUGUGAGUAGUUUUCAAACAUUUUGCAAACACUCAAUUCAUUAGUUGGUAAUGUAGAAAACUAGUGUAGAAAACACUUCUUGUUGGGAGUUUGCUGAAGUGAAUAAAAAUAGAAAUUCUUACCUUUAUUUUAUACAUUAACUUUGUUUAUUUUACCAAGAAAAUUUUUGAUAAUUUAGCCUUAAGCAAGUUCAAUGAUUUCACUCACAUUUUCAGUAACUUGUACCAAAUGGGCUAGAAACCAAUGUUUUGACCAAUUUGUCUAUGUUCAACUAGUGAGUUAAAUACCUAUUGCUCUAUUGAUAUUCAUGUAUGACAUGGGUAGCUUGAAACAGCUUCUCUACUUUCGAGUAGGGGUAAAGUUUGUGUACACACACUCUCUCCACAUUAUAUGCUCGUGGGAUUCUAUUCGGCUUUAGUUGUUGUUGU